AUUUAUAUUCUUGUAUUUUCAAAGAAAAACAAAGUCCAGUUGCCUCCUGAAAAAAAAAAAACACCUUUGGGAUAACCUGUCCUGGUGGACUGAGAAUCUCCAUGGACAUUUAAGUAAUCCACUUACAUCAUCAAAGCAAUAAAUCUGAAAUGUGAGCUCCAGGCUGUUUGAAGGAAGAGUGUGAGAAAGCCUGUUGCUAGUUGGGAAACAGACAAGAGAGAAUGGAUUAUUUAUUCACAGAAGGAAAAUCUGGGAGCUUUUCUGAGCAGUGGGUCCAUGUGUUUCGUGUUUCAUUUUGAAAUGCAAUGCCAGGGGCUCCGUUGCCUGAUGACUUAGGAAGUGCAGGGGGCAGAACAAACACACUUUUUAUGAGCAAGGAUAAUGAGCCGGAAAAUCAAAGAUCUGCGGUGAGAAAGCAGGAAGGGAAGCAGGAAUCUCUGCUCCGGAGUGAAAGGAUUCUUGCGAAGAAGGAAACCCUCUUGAACAGGUCCCCAAAGGAUGCCGGAGACAGUAGGAGAUGCCUGGAGCUACGUUCCGGAGGAAAUUCUCUCCCACAUCUUUCGCUACUUAUCUCUGCAAGACAGACAUGUGGUUUUCCAGGUCUGCCAGAAGUGGGCUGCAGCGGUUUCUACUACCUGUGUGUGGAGCUAUACAGAAGUCAGGUGUGUUGCCGAAGAUGAUGCCACACUGCAGCAUUUGCACCAGUUCCUGUGCCACAUCAAACGCCUCAAGAUGGUGUUUGAUCAGUCCAAGGAGGGAACCCGUAAGAAAGUCUCCCAAAUCCUGGACCUUCUGGCCAAGCAGAACCACAAGCUGCAGGCCUUGUGCAUCGAAUGCACGGGAGAGAACCCCUAUUUCUAUUCCGGCCAAGACAUCCUGCAGAGCAUCGGGGGCAUCUGCCAGAGCCAGAACCAAAUUGACCUCCAGCAUAUUGAUUUCCGGGGAAUGCCCUUCACUCUGGACGAUGGGAUCGUCCACUUGGUGGCCUCCAGUAGCCCAAAUCUGCACACCUUGUACCUUAACAACCGCACCUUGGUUUGCAACGUCACCCCUGAGGCCAUCAUUGAGCUUCUGAAGGCUUGCCCCAGAUUAUCCACCCUGGGGGUCUAUUACGCCAGCCUUUCCGAUGAUGUGUUUAAGGAACUGGUGACAUCCAAGCGGUCAACUUUCAAGUGCCUGGAUAUUUUCUGCGAGCGUCUGGACAAAUACAUUCCCGUGAUCUCGGAAGAACUCUGGGCUUUGGUGCGCAACAAAUAUCCCCGGCUCUACGUCCAACUGGAAUUGGACCCCACGGUCCCACAGUGGAAGAUCCCUCGCAUCUUGAAGCCCAACAUCCCAGUGACGGAGCUGCAGCUGAAUACUUACACAUACAUAGUGUAUCAAAUUCGCUUUGCCACCAACAACUAUAGCAGCACGUUGGAGAAGCUGGUCCUUCGCACCACCUCUUCCGACGAACUGAACGACUCGCUCAUUGGCUUGGCCCGAAAAUGCACAGGCUUGAAAGAGGUCCACUGUUUCUGCGUGGUCAGCCAUGGGGUGGUGGAAGCUUUCCUUUCAGGGUGCCCGAAAUUGAAAAGCUACACCCUAAAGACCUCCAAAGAACUCAGUCCUUGGCAACCCACCACCAUCAUGUGAUUGUGCUGAAGGGUUUUUACUUUUGCAUCACAAGAAGAUGGACUUCAGCAACUCAGCUCAGCUUCUUCUUCUACUAGGUUCGCCCAUGAUUUAUUUAUUACAUGGUCCAAGCUUAAUCCCAGCUUGUUUGUCCAAAACAAAAUCAGCGACCAGAAAUUAAGAAUGGACGUACUGUUCCUUGAGAGCUCUAAGCUCUAGUAUGACUGUGUGCAUGUAUGUAUGUGGGUGUCAAAGUCACGUCACGUGAUGUGUUGCAACAAUUUUUUCCAUUGGCAAUGGGAUGAGCACGGUUUCGCCAUGACGCAGCUGGUCCGCGGGCCGGCAGUUUUGACACCCCUGGUUUAGGGAAUUAUGCAAGCCCAACCCAUUUGGAUCAGAAACUCUUGGGAACGCAAACUAUGGUUUAGGCCAGGGCAAUACAUGAAAUCUGACUUUUUGUCUGGUGAAAUGCAAUCAUGGUUAGAAGCCUAUUUUAGCUGAUGUCCACAGGAUAGGGCAAAUCCUUGGUGACCAACAACCAUCCUGUGUGAUUCACAAGAAGAUGGACAUCAAUAACUCAGUUCAGUUCCUUCUACAAGGUUCUCCCAUGGUUGAUCACUUGGUCCAAGGUGUGAUCGCAACUGGUUUCUCCAAAAUGAAACCAAUAAUCAGAAGUCAAGAAUGGAGGUGUUGUUCCUUAAGAGCUCUGAGCUCGUGUGUGUGUGUGUGUGUGUGUGUGUGUGUGUGUGUGUGUGUGUGUGUUUUAAGAGUUAGGGCAUUCUGUAAAUUCAGCCCAUUUGGAUCAGGAAACCUUGGAAAUACAGUCCAUGGUUUAAUGCAAUGUAGGAUCUCAGACUUUGGCAGGAACACAAGCAUGGACAGAAGGCCAUUUUAGUUGAUGAGAACAUGAUGUCUUGAGCAGCGGCCCCCAGACUUUGCGGCUUGGUCCGACGGGGGGGGGGGAGAGGGGAACUGGGCCACGUGAGCAUGCAUGUGUACACGCAGCACUUGCACAGGUGGCAGACCAGGGUGUCAGUGUAGACAGUACACAAGUACAGUGCUUUUUAACUAAAUUCAUAAUAAACACACACCAGGAUAGAAAUAAAUUCCACAAAUGCAAUUCAAGCCAACUUAAAACCCAUUACUACCAAACAGUGUGAGCACAUAAUUUUAGUUUAUUUAUAUAAACAUUUAUGUUCAUGUCUUCCCCGGCAAGUACACCAUAUCUUUGUGUUCCUUGGCACUGGACCUAGAUUAAUAAGAAGAGUGAGUUGCUGAAUUGUUUAUUUUCUUUACUGUUGUUGAAUUAUAGUACAAAGCAUAUUAUAUUUUAUUAUCCUACUUCACAAUAAAAGCCCCAGCAUUUUAUCAUUUUACUGACCACACUCACCUCCUCUGCACCGCACCAUUUUAAUACACUACAGUGUGGUUUAUUUGGGUUGCAUAUCUAGCCAAUUGUGAUUUAUUCAACACAAUAAAAAAAUAUGGCAAUGGGUUAUAACCCACAAUGGCUUGAUUCCCAGAUCAAGCUAAGGCAAAGAAAAACAGGUUACUAUGAUUUAGUUUAGAGUGUGAAUUUGUCAACCUUGUGAUUAGGAUCAAUUUGAUUUAGUGUAACGUGAACCAGCCAAUGUGGCUGUCCAUGUGAAUUUGGGAAAGUGAUGUAAAGGUUCACACAUGUAGGACAUAUCCUUGUUAAGGAAGGCAGUUUUAAAUAAUAAAUAAUAAGAUAACCUUAGUCAAUUUUACUGUGAGCACACUGGCCCACAUUAAAAAUGAAAUUCUGUUGCCGGUUCUUGAAAGUAUUUCUACUCAUACAUACAUACAUAACACAAAUAUACACAUGCUAUAUACAUACAUGUAUAUGUACGUAUGUAUUUCAUUGGGUAAUGAAAUGUCUGCAAGGAAACAACCAAGCUGGAGCUACUGUAAUUCCAUACAAAUAUAUACAUAUGUUAAUCACUGUCCAUUUUGGACACAGCGAAAAGGGAAAACUUGAGAGUUCACAAGAUGGAUGCUAUAAUAAGAGCAAUUCUGGAUGGGCAUUAUGGAAUUGAGAAACCUGGAAAAUACCUGGUUGGGAAAAUCGGUGUACGAGACUAAUAAAAUUAUUAUUCUAAGCAGAUGUACUUGAGAAAAAAA